AAGCGGUUGACUCGUACGUCGCUGGACGUCUACGAGUACCCCACCUUGCGAUUCGGCCUAAGCUUUGACGAGAUACCUCUAUUGGUAUUGGGGUCCCCGACUCGAUCGUGGCAGGUUGGACUUACCCCGUUUGUCACUGAAAAAAUAGCCUUAUCCAUUCUACGUUACACAGUACAAUAUCGGAGCGUUUUCGUUCGUUUCUUUCUCAACUAAUAUCUGAAAGGGGAGUCCUUACGUUGAACGGAUUGUUGUAUAUUUUUUUUAAAUAGAGCGUCCUGUUUAGAGCUGACAUUUCUUACAUUAGACACGCGACGGCAAGGUAUGGCGUUUUUGAGAACGGUGCCGCGUUGCAGUGCCGGUAAAAAGUUAAGGAAGUGUGUGCCACUUCCUGUCGGGUUUCUCGAGAACGUAACGAAACCAUCGAUGCAGUUGGUGCAGGUGCACGAACGUGAAUACACCGACGCUGCUGCUGACGUGAAGCCGGCUCCACGACAGGUCGACCCCUUGGAUUUGAGGUUUAACGAUCCCGUAGCGGCUUUUAAAAGUAAAACCACCAAAGAGCUUGUCCGUGCUUACGUUGUUUAUCAAUUAUGUUCGAUCGAAUACAUCGCCGAGCACAAUAUGAAGCUAAUGAAAAUAGCCAAGCAGCUCCUUGGCGAGAAACUUUUCACAAAGUUUAUGAAGGGUACAUUCUACGGUCACUUUGUCGCCGGCGAAGACGAGGUGCAGAUCACUCCUGUCCUGGAUAGGUUGCGGCAGUUCGGUGUGAAACCUAUUCUUGAUUACUCUGUCGAAGAAGAUAUCUCUCAAGAAGAAGCAGAACGACGCGAAAUACAGAGUUCCGUAUCCGAAGCUGGAGACGAGAAACGAGAGGGUCCUCUGAAGAAGUAUCAUGUGGCGAAACCAUUCGCCGACCGACGGUACAAAGUAUCCUCGGCGAGGACGUACUUCUACCUCAACGAAGCAUCUUGCGAACGGAACAUGGAUAUAUUUAUUCGAUGCCUUGAGUCUGUUGCAGGUGCUUCAAUGGGAGUUGGUAUUACAGCUAUUAAAUUAACAGCUCUUGGUCGGCCACAACUCCUGCUCCAGUUAUCAGAAGUAAUUAUGAGGGCACGACAAUAUAUGUCUGACGUGAUUGGAGGUGAAGGUGCUGUUUUAACUCAUCAUGCAAAACCUGAUGACUUCAUGAAGAAGUUUGAAGAAGCACACAUCAAAGAUGAGGCUCCAGUGCAAAAGUUUCUUCAAAAGAUUCAGUCUGACAAAGAGGGUGUUAUUCACUUGUUCCCAUGGAGUGGUAUUCUGGAUGAGAAUUAUGAACUUAGUGAAACUUUCCAAGUACCUGAUAUUAAGACAGGGAAAAUGGUGAGGCUUAUGUCACAACUGACAUCAAAGGAAGAAGAAAUGUUCAGGAACAUGAUCAGACGUCUGAAUAAUAUAGUUGCGGUGGCUGAUAAGUUGAAUGUGCGUAUAAUGAUAGAUGCCGAACAAACCUAUUUCCAACCUGCCAUUUCACGAUUGACGUUGGAGAUGAUGCGCAAGUACAAUACAGAUAAGGCUGUGGUGUUUAAUACCUACCAGACAUACUUACAAGAAGCUUAUAAUGAGGUGAAAACGGACCUCGAACAAGCUGAACGCCAAAAUUUCUAUUUCGGUGCUAAACUUGUUCGCGGCGCUUACAUUGAGCAGGAAAGAGCAAGAGCGGCAGCUAUGGGUUAUCCUGAUCCAACGAAUCCUACGUACGAGGCUACAACCGAGUCGUACCAUAAGACGCUUAUGGAAUGCUUAAGGCGGAUGAAACAGUACAAAGAUAAAGGCGAAGAUCCUAGAAAAAUUGGUAUUAUGGUUGCGUCUCAUAAUGAGGACACAGUACGCUUCGCAAUUGAAAAGAUGAAGGAGAUAGGAAUCUCACCGGAAGAUAAAGUGAUCUGUUUCGGCCAAUUGCUGGGAAUGUGUGACUACAUAACAUUCCCAUUGGGUCAGUCAGGGUAUUCCGCAUAUAAAUAUAUUCCUUAUGGUCCGGUGAAAGAAGUAUUGCCAUAUCUUUCUCGACGUGCACAAGAAAACCGAGGCAUACUUAAGAAAAUAAAGAAGGAGAAACGUCUUUUAUUAGCUGAAAUUAUGAGACGCUUUGUGCGCGGCCAGAUAUUUUACAAACCGAAGGGCAACUACACUCCCGUCUGAGCAGCUGAUUCGUAUCUUUGCACAGACAGAUUUUAAGUAUCAAACUUAAGUAGUGAUUGUAAAUUAUUAAAAAAAAGACUUCUGUGGUACGCAGAGUAACGUGCGCGCGUGUGUGUGAAUGGAAGUAUUUGCAGUGUUAUUCAUUACGCAAAAUUUCCUCGGUGUGACGUUAUCAAGUGCAAAACUGCUCAAAAUCGCACCAUAUGGUAGGACUAUGUUCAUUAUUCCUUAUGUUUGUUACAGAAAACUCUCAGUGAACUGCGCUAUGACUUUUAAUAAUAAUAAUAAGCACGUUUUACGCUUUGUUAAUGAAUACCGUGUUCAUUAGUACAUUCGUGAUACAAUAUUGAACAUCGAUAUUUUCAGUAGUUUAUUUUAUAAAGGAGAGAAGAUAUAAAAAUUAUCGAAAUCUCGUUCGCAGUAACCUUUUAUAUGGUCGUUGUUCAGAAAAGGUUCUACGAGGAAAUACAAAAUUCGAUCAAUUCAUUCUAAAUAAAAUUUUAAUUAAUAUGGAAAAAAUAUAUAUGAUUGUUUGAAAUGUAUUAGCUUUGUUACUAAUAUUUUAUUUAAGAAUCUCGUAGUGCGUGCGUGCACGAUUAUUUAUAAUGGACAUGUUUAAAUACUUCUUGACUUACGUAAUUUAGUAUUUCUCUUGAAGAAAUAUAAUUUCCAAAUAUGCAACUGUAAAAUUAUAUCUGUAGCGAACUGCAUUUAAUUAAGUGGAAUACUCGUGUGGAAUGAAUUUUCAGCUCAGUUUCAAUGCUUUAUGCGUAGUUACCAUGAACGGUUAUUACCAAAGUGAUAGUAUUGGCAAAUACUAGGGACUGCAAGUCGUAGCAGAAUCUGUUUGAUUUGAGUGGAAGUGUUUGCACAUAGCUUUAGAAAGUGGCUCUUAUGAGCUUUUAACAAAUUAACGAUAAAUUGUUGAAAAUUAAAAUGUUGAAAAUGUUUGCUAAUUAUGUGCUGCAAGCAUACGGUAAGAGCCACUUUUUAAUAUGUGAUUACUACGCAUGUUGAGAUAAAAAUUAAGUAAUCUUGGGCUGAAACAGUGAUAAACUGCAAACUAGGAAUUGAAAAAAGUACGUAAUCGUGACAUGUUGCAUAAGUAUUUAAUUCACGUUGCUUCAGCCUAAAGUUGCUUUGUCUUAUCAGAUAAUAAUAAUCAUGAAUACACUAUGCUGCUGUUUAAAUGAUGCGCCCCAGGAAUUAAUACGGCUUACACACGGUUCUUUGAUAUAAUUUUUUCUUUUAUGAAUUAAUUUUAAGAAAAUUAAAUAUCAAAAAAGAUUUAUAAUUUAUAAAUAAUAAAUUCUUGUCAAGUUUUAAGAAAGAGUUUUACGUAUGUAGCGACGAAACCUGUGCUUUUGCUCAGUGGAAAUUUAUAUUGUUGAAAAUGGAAAGGUUAAUGAUAUCUUUAUAUGUAUUGCAAAUUGCUGAGCAACAUUUUCCUUUUUUAAAAAUGAAAACACUUGAAAUUUCGAUGGAUAAUUUAUACACAGUUGCAUAACUUUAAUACUUUCCCGUCAGUAUUUUUUUUGUAGAGAUCAACAGAUGUAGAGAUUUUGUAGAGAUUAACAGAUUUUCUUUUGUGUUUAAUAUUUUAAUCUAUACGUACAUAUUUACAUACAACCGCUGUAAACAUUUAAUUUCAUUUAGAUAAUAUAUGGAACGUACAAUUUUUUUAUGAUCUCCUGUGUUAUUAUACAUUUGUACUGCAUUCGGAAUGCGUAUAUAGUUUGUAUUUGCAAUUGUCGGAUAGAAACAUUUUGUUCUGUAGAACAGAAGUUUUGUAGGGGUAUAAUUUGUGUUGAAGUUAAGUAAACUCCCGGAAUGACGUUAUAUUUGCAAAUCUAGAAAGGAAUUUAAACAAAAGAAUAUAAAGGGGCAUUGUUGAAGUUAUACGGGCUAUAGCUAAAAGUUCUUAUAUGGUUAAUGGUAUGUGGAAUGUGAGUGAUAUAGGUAUAAUUCUACUUGUUACAUUUAGUGUUCGGCUAUAACGUCAAUACAUGAAUUAACUUCUACACGUCUCGUGAUGAUGACAAUACUUUAGAUAGAUAAUGUUACAAACUUAUAGGCUAUAAGUAUAAACUAUAUGCCAUGAUGGAUUGAAUUCAUCACUUAUAAAAUUGAAGUUAUAAGAGAAUGACACAAGAUUAGUAAAUAAAAGCCAGUAGAAUGUGAAGAAACGGAGAUUAUCUUCGUACAAAAUUGUACGAGUCAGUAUGUACGACUAUACACAAGGGACGUUUACUACCUCGACCGUGCAUUCUACUGCCAGAGUGAAAAUAUACAAGACAUUCUUUCUUGGCUCGAAUAUUAUAAUAACUAUUUGCCUGAGUGUGAAUAAUAUAUUUAUGAUGAAAGUAGUACAGUGGUGUUCAAUAUAUUGUUUUAGUAUAAUGUUAUAUAGUAAUAUUGACUUAUUAUGAAUGGGAUAUAUAUAUAUACAUAUAUAUAUAUGUAAUUUAAUAAGUGAAAAAAUGGUUAUAAUAAUAUUCUGGUAUUUGCUUUUCGGUAAAGACAUUUUUAAUUGGAACCGACUUAAAAUAUUUCUUUUUCCUUUUUUUUUAAAGAAAAGUAUGUCGCAAAGGAAAUGAAAGUACAUUGAAACUUUGAUCAAUAUAAAAUAAGAUAAUAUUUAUUAUUUCACGAAAUACAGUUAAUAUAUGCUUUUGCAAUACCGUUUAUAAAUCCGUAUUCAUUUACUAGGACACAAACAUUUGCUUCCAUUAUUUGUAACGAAAUUGACCGUCACUGUGCAAGUCCGGCUCAAUGGUUGAGGACUAUCGCGUUUUCCAACGAAACCAGAAUGAGCAAUUUUAUUGCUGAAUAUUUGAGAUGUAUCGGAAGUAAUGUUCUUGUCCUAGCUGUACAACAAGUAACAUUAUUUUUCUCUUGCAUAUUGUUGAUGCUUUAUAAAGCGUUCCUCUUAUAUUUUCUCUUGUACAGAUCUCAGUGAUAUUAUUAAUUUUAAUAUUGCAAAAUAUAUCGGUGUACAUAUAAACGUGAUACUGCUAAAUGAAUUACUUUUAUGUUGAUUAGCUUGGCUUGAACGCAUCAUCAUAAGUCAAUACAAAUGAUCAGUCAUGUUUUGAAAAUUAUAUAGUAACAAGGAGGGUGAUUUUGUAUUUCAAAAGUUUUUUUUUGUAAAAUUUACAAAUAGUCCGGCUAUUUGUUUGUUUUUUAUUGAUUUUUAUAAAUUAGGAAAUAUUUCAUAUAAAUACCUAUUUGCUAAAUUAUCAUGAAACAUGUUGAUUUUCUAUAUUGUAACAUUAUCCAAGAUAACAUGUAUUAAUUUGUAUUUCAAUUUCUUUUAUAUCAUUACAAUUUCAUUCACCUUAAACUCUAUGAGAAAAUGUAGCAGCAUUAUUGAUGUAAUGAUGCAUGGUAUCCUUUGUGUAGGUAAAAAUUCUAUAGGAAGAAAGCAUGAUUUAAAUGAAUUAUAUGUACCUGCGAUAUGGCAAGGAUUAUUUUGGAAGAUGACAUAUUGAAAAACAGGAUAAAUAUGAAAUUAUUUCAAGUACUCUUACUUGUGCUUAUUUCAAGAUCAUUACGAAUAAUCAUUACAAAGAUAGUAAUGAUACAAUAUGUUACCCUUAAAUUUCAAUUCUUCGAUAUAUAGUUGCAAAAGUAAUAAAUAACAAAUAGAUAAUGUUGAAAACAGAGAACGUUUACGGUUAAAAAAGAUUUAUGACAUUUAUUUCUUUUUUUUUAAUGUUAAUAAGUAAUUAUUGACUUAGAAUUAUUCGAUUCUUCUUGAAAUUUAUCGAUAGACGAGUAUAGUAAUGAUGUAUAUACUAACAUCGGAAUCGUAUAACGUAUGGAAUGUUUUUUUAACAUAAAACGGCAAGAUUCUUUAUAAAAGAAAUUAGAAAUGUUGUCUUUCAUACAAUAAAUUCGUAACUUGCUUAUUUACUCAUCUUUCCAUAUAAAUAUCUUUGAUAUCGAUUUUUAUAACUAUAGUCGAACUAUGACUCUAUUUUACAUUUCUUAUAGUAUUCCAUUUCGAUUCUGUGAUAAGAAGGUAGAUGUGAUUCAUGGAUUCCAUUUCUUUGUUAGAUUAGAAUUAAUUGGGUUUUGAAAGACAUCAGGUACGUUUCGACGUUGAACGUCAGUUAAUGAUUUGUCAGAGAGAUAUUACUAUGAUUGGUAUGCUCGAUCGUUAACAAUAUACGUAUGUAUUUAUAUAUUUUGCUAUCGUUCAGUCUUGUACGAUACCGAUUUAUUAAAUCGACCGUACCUAUAGCGGAACAACAGCUUGCCCGCGAGAGCAUGUAUUUAUACUUUGUUGCAUGAAAUUUUUAUGAUCACACGUACGCACGUUCCAUUCAACUUGAAGAAAGACUUCCCUGAAUAAAUACCAUUUAAUAAAUAGACUGGGUAGAUUGAUGUUCAAGUUUCACAGUUAAAUGAUAUAAUAAUUAGAUUAUGAAGAAUAUUUUUAUAAUUCUAAUGUAAAAUUUGUUUAAAUAUCAGGUAAAACGAUAUUUAGUGUUGUUUAUGGUAUUUCAAUGUUUAUACGUAUUUUUAUAGCUCCUCGUUUUACAUAAUUUUCUUUUAUAAAUAAGUUUUUAUUAUAUCAAUUUUGUUGG